CUCUCUGUCUCUCUCUAAUCAUACAUAGAAAAUUUCAUUACACCUUUACAGACAAAACAUGGCGAAACAACAGAGCUUUUCAUUACUUGUUGUAAUAAUUCUCAUCAUUCUCUUUACUAUAUCUUCAGCAAAUGCAGCACGAUACAGUGUGGUGACUUAUGGGGCUAAGCCUGAUGGAAGAACUGACUCAACCAAAGCCUUUCUUGCUGCAUGGACACAAGCUUGUGGAUCAACGAAGCCAGCCACCUUGUACGUCCCACCAGGGAGAUUCUUUUUGCGAAAUGUAGCGUUUAAGGGUCCAUGCAAGAACAAUGCAAUUUUAGUUCUCAUAGCUGGUACCCUUGUGGCUCCUUCAGAUUAUCGAGUUAUUGGUAAUGUUAGAGAUUGGAUUUUCUUUCAGUACGUCAAUGGUGUUACAGUUUCUGGUGGAGUUCUUGACGGCCAAGGUCCUGGUUUAUGGGCUUGUAAGAACUCCGGCAAGAAUUGCCCCGGCGGUGCAACGUCUUUGAGUUUUUCCAAUUCAGACAAUAUAGAGAUCAAUGGAUUAACAUCGCUGAAUAGCCAAUUGUACCACAUUGUCAUCAAUGGCUGCAACAACGUAAAAGUGCAAGGAGUGACGGUGUCUGCCUCCGGCAACAGCCCCAACACCGAUGGCAUUCAUGUACAAUUAUCAAGUGGGGUCUCAAUCCUUAACUCCAGGAUUAGAACAGGUGAUGAUUGUGUCUCAAUCGGUGCUGGAACCAGUAACUUGCGGAUCGAAAAAGUAGCAUGUGGCCCUGGCCAUGGAAUCAGCAUUGGAAGCUUGGGAAAGGAUUCUGAAGAGCCUGGUGUAGAAAAUGUGACAGUUAAAACUGUUACAAUUACAGGUACACAGAAUGGAUUGAGAAUCAAGUCUUGGGGGAGACCAAGCAGUGGUUUCGUGAGGAACAUAAUUUUUCAACAUGCUAUAAUGACAAAUGUCCAGAAUCCCAUUGUCAUCGACCAACAUUACUGUCCGAACAAUGAAAACUGUCCUGGUCAGGAAUCUGGUGUUAAAAUUAGCGAUGUUACGUAUCAAGACAUACAUGGAACAUCAUCAACACAGGUGGCAGUGAAAUUUGAUUGCAGUAAGAAGAAUCCAUGCACUGGAAUCAAAAUGCAAGAUGUGAAGCUGACAUACAAGAAUCAACCAGCUGAUGCAUCUUGUAACAAUGCUGAUGGAAGUGCUACUGGAUUUGUUCAGCCCAGUAGUUGCCUGUAGAAAGUUGAAGGGUUCCCUGUAGAAUCAGAUCGUCAAGUGCUAUCUGUGGCGUUUCCAGCAUUUUGGAGCCCGGCCUUGCAUUAUUUACAUUGAGUAGAAAUCAAAAUAUUUUAUUUAUUUAUUGAUGUAUUCAAUAUAAAAAAUUUUAUUUUUUCCCA